AUGUCAAGUAGCCCUUUUCCAUAUACCUGUGAACUAUGCGGGGCAGAGGGCCUGACAGAUGAGGGGAUGCGUUCACAUACAUUGGAGGCCCACGUUGCUGGUAGACCAGAUUGCCCCUUCUGUGACUGCACGGUACCACAGCCACAACUAGUGGGCCAUGUGCAAAGAGUCCAUCUCCACUAUCUCACGCCAGAAAGAGAGCUAAUGGCGUUCAUAGAUGAUCAAAGUCCAGGUUACGAUGAAGACUCAAAAAUGACAACUACAGACAGCUGCAGUUACAACACUCCGGGUUCAAUCAAUGGAUGGCACAGCCCUGUUGAGGUCUCCACGUCUUUUCACAAUGGCGCUAUAUCCAAGAAUAAUAGUUACUAUCACAACGGAUAUCAGGAAAAAGAGAACUGUAACCAUAGAAGUGAAAAAGACGAAGAUAGAUUCUCACGGUCGCCUAAAAAUCUUAAUCUAGCUAAUGGUGUAAAAAAUAACAAUAUAAGUAAUGGAGUUAUUAAAAAGAAAAAUAAAGAAACUGCAAACGAAAAGGAAAUGAUGAAUGGCCUUGAUAAGAAAAGUGUUAAUUCAAGCCCAACACACAAUAACGUAAAUAACUAUGAUGGUUCUCCAAAAAAUAACAAGUUAGCUAUGGCAAGUGCCGGACAGGGAUCACCAUUGAGAUCACAGUUAGCUUUAAAACUAAAGUCGAAUACACCAAAAAAAUUGGCACCGACUCCAAGUCCAACUGUCCAAUGUCUUCUUUGUGAUUUUACGUCAUCAUGUCCGCGGAAAUUGGAAGAACAUAUAAACCGUGCACACUUCGAUUUAACAUCUCCUUCUGUUAUGGGAAAUGAAAAUUCUUAUGAUAAUUUAGAUAAUGCCACGUUAAGUCUAGCGAACCCUACAUUAGGUCUUGCAAAUCCUACAAUAAACUUAGAUAAUCCUACGUUGGCGUUAAGUGCCAUGGCGUUGUCACCUGGACCACAUAGCUCGUCAUUCCAGUGUCCUAUUUGUGAGAAAGAAUUUGCGAAUGGCUCUGAUGUGGAACUCCAUGUGAAUGUGGAACAUCGGGACAUCUUGAGUCCCCAAAAACCAGAGCAAGUAGACAAUGCAUCUUGUGAUGAUGUGAUUAUGAUGGAAGAGAGUCCUGUCAGCAACUGUCCAAUAUGUUGUCAGCCAUUACCAGUCUCGCAGCAUGAAUUGAUUCAGCACAUAGAAGAACAUUUUGAAAGAGGCGAAGACAUGGGUGCUUCAUCAUUGUCUGAAGCUGAAAGAGAAGCUCAGAAGACUCGGGAAGAACAAGAGUUUCAGUUACUUAAGGCUCAAUAUGGUAUGGAAGAAGAUGAAGAAGGCUACAGUAGUCGAGCAGCUAGCAGUCUCAAGCGAGCGGUGUACAGUGGAGCCCUAUCUGUAGCUGGCUAUUAUGAACGCAGUGUAGGCCUUCGUCGGGCCUCUGCUUCUGGCUUGGAUACAGGGUGUUCUAAAACCAGUGGAAUAUUGGAAAGGAUAGUGCAACUAAACGCUCAGAACCCAAGUAUUGUGAAGACAUACCUUUGCAGUGCGGUGGACCACUACGCCAGUACUUAUGGUGAUAGGGGUUGGGGGUGUGGUUAUAGGAACAUGCAAAUGGUACUCUCGUCUCUCCUCCGUCACCCGCCCUUUGCGGCCCUGCUGAGCGGGGUCACGGAACGUGAGUGCGACUGCGUACCCUCUAUACCCACUUUACAACGACUCGUCGAGAGGGCUUGGAGUCUCGGCUUCGAUACCCAGGGUUCCGAACAGUUGGGUUCGAAGCUGCACAACACGAGGAAAUGGAUUGGGGCUUGUGAAGUGGUCACUGUACUCUCGUCCCUCAGGAUAAAGUGUUCACUAAUAGACUUCCAUAAGCCCACAUCAGCUGACGGAAGCCACCCAGCCCUGUUCGAGUGGGUCCACAAGUACUUCCAUGAUGAACCACAAGCAUUUAAGCCGCCUUUGUACUUACAGCAUCAAGGUCAUUCGCGAACCAUAAUAGGCUAUGAGAAACACAAGGACGGCAAGGCGACAUUACUAGUGUUAGACCCAUCGCAUUCGCCUGCUCAGGUGCGUCAAGUAGUGUGCGGAAGUAUGAGCGCAUGCGCCGGUGCAUUGAGAUUAUUAAGGCGUGGCUCCAGCGCACUUAGAGCUAGACAGUACCAGCUUUUGUGUGUCACCGGCCUUAUUUCUGAUGACCGGGAGUAUGAGGCGAGUAAAGUACUUCAGUCGGUUCGUAUACCGUAA